AUGAAUGAGAAGAAUAAUGUGACAUUUUUUCUAAGCACACCACAAAUCAUUUCGAAUCUCGCGUUUUUAAUAUCGAGCUGCGACAAGGAGAACACCGCCGGACUUUUGCGUGAAUUCAACCAAAUCACGAACGAGCAAGUGACAAGUGUUCAGGCGCAAGGCCUCAUCGACGUCACGCACGACUUCAUUCGAACUUGGAACGCCUCACUUCACGCGGUUUCGAAGCCUGGCCAUAUACUGACGGCUCGUCGGGUGAUUUGCCAUCCGAAAUAUGCAAAAGCCUACACGUUCAACAUUUUCAAAACACUUCGCCGAUUUGAAGUCGAGCUGAAAAUUUUCGAGGGAAAUCAAGAAGUCAAUCAAUGGAUUGAACGAUUCUUGAAGACGGAUGAAAUUAAACACUAUGCUGUCCACUUAUGGGCUGAUGAUAGUUUGCCUCAGACGGGUGAUGAAGCCGUCAAAAAGAAGCAAAUGUGGCGUGCUAAGAAAUUGGGACCUCCUUCGACUUCAAAGGGCGAUCCGAACGAUCUUGCACUGAAACAUGAAUUGCGCGAAGAGCAGAAGUCGCCGGUUUUGAUUUGGGCGAGUCAUGCGAUUGUUUCUCUUCAUCCCGAUCUCUUCGACGCCACUUCGUCAUUUAUUCUCAACAACGCGGUGUGCAUCAAAAUCCACGAUAGUCCGAAGACGAAGAUAAUGAUCCACUCCGGAGAUUAUGAUUUCAACACGUUGUUCGUCCCAACGAAUAACAAAGCCCUCCAGCUGGUGUUCAUUUACGGGGCCAAAAACGUUCGACUACACUAUGGUCGAAUAAAAGAGACGAUUGCCAAAUACGGACAUCUGGCGCCGUGCAUUGUGCACAAAUCAGCGCUGUCACCGAAUAUCAAGAAGCAAACUCGGAUGAUUUAUAUUCCCGCCUGGAAUCCCACCGAAUUUCCGGCCGUCAAUAUUGCCGAACACUAUUUGGCUUGCCUCGAUAUGAACUCGAUAUUCUAUACUGGCGGAUUUGGCGAUUUGGCGCCGUCCGAUGCCGAACCUUCGGCUUCGCCGAAUCCCCGUCGAGUCUCGCACAUUCAGCAUUACACGCUGAUGUCGCUCGUUAAUUCCCCUCAUAGCUCAAUCAGAGAGACCAACGACAAAUCGGAUAGCACCAAGAAAUCGUCGAAGCACCAAACGACGACGUCGCAAAUAGCGGUGAACGAGAGUCAAGAAUUCGAGCUCGUCACACUACCCUAUUCAAUAAUUCUUUGGGACACGAAAAGCGAGCUGCCGGUUCUGAUGGGAACGGUGGCCGACAAAAUGGGCGAGCACGCGAAAAAACGAAUGCAAGAAGCGAGGAACGAGCGCUCGUCGUGCACAAUCAUAUUGAGCGACCGGUCGCUUCUCGUGGCCCCUCCUCGCGAUCCGCACUCCAUCGCCGCCGUCGUCGCGGGCUGGCGCAUCUCUCGAGGUCGGCCGGCCGCUCGCACUUUUUGCGUCCGACCGUGUCGAGACGUUCCGUCUCGUCUCGUCCUCGAUUCCACAAUGUUUUGGCUAUGGCGACGGAAAUCGGUUGGAGUAUUCACGACGCUCUCGCUCAUUCUCACCAUCUAUCUUUAUCUGAGCAUUUAUUCCAUUGAGCCGACGACGACGCGUCAAUCCGAGCAGCGUCGAGUUCAGACGGCAACCGUUCCAUAUCCAGAUUUCGCCAAAGAGCGAGACGUCGAUAUCGCUGCGUUGAAUAUUUUGCAUGGAAAAGACGAUGAAAUAUUACAAGCGCAAGGAUUCCAAAAAUAUCAAUUCAAUGGAUUGUUGAGUGAUCGAAUCGGGACACGAAGGAAAAUCAAGGAUUCGAGGAAUGCUCAAUGCUCGAAUCUUGAGUAUGAUGAGCCGCUGCCUGCCGCUUCAAUAAUUGUUUGUUAUUUCAAUGAAUCGCCAUCGGUUUUGAUUCGAAUGGUCAACUCAAUUCUGGAUCGAACCAAUGAUGAUCAUAUCGCUGAAAUUCUUCUAGUCGAUGAUUCAAGCGAAUGGUAUAAUGCGACGAAUGAAGCGAAAAUCUACAAAGAAUCGCAUACAGAAUGGGCAAAAGUCAAAUUUUUGAAAACCGACAAAAAUGAGGGUCUGAUUCGAGCGAAAAUCUAUGGGGCUCGGCGAGCACUCGGUCCCGUUUUGGUAUUUCUUGAUAGCCAUUGCGAGGUGAAUCAAAAUUGGCUUCCGCCCCUUCUUCAUGAGAUCAAACAAAAACGGGAAAGAGUUGUGUGCCCAAUUAUCGAUAUCAUCGACGCUGUCACUAUGCAAUAUGUCGAGUCGCCGGUGUGCAUGGGAGGUGUCAAUUGGGCAAUGACAUUCAAAUGGGACUACCCUAGUCGGCGAUAUUUCGAUGACGCUGAGAACUAUGUGAAACCAUUGAAGAGCCCCACAAUGGCUGGCGGUCUGUUCGCAAUCGACAAGGAUUAUUUUUUCGAAAUCGGCUCCUAUGACGAAGGAAUGGAUGUUUGGGGGGCCGAGAACGUCGAAAUCUCGUUUCGGAUAUGGACGUGCGGCGGCGAAUUGUACAUAAUCCCGUGUAGUCGAGUCGGACAUAUAUUCCGAAGGCAGCGACCGUAUGGGAUCAAAACCGACUCGAUGGGCAAGAAUUCGGUUCGAUUGGCGAGAGUGUGGCUUGAUGAAUAUCUGGCUCGUCCGAGUUAUCGGACAUUCACGGAUUACGGUGAUCUCACAUCACGAAUCCAAUUGCGAAAAGAUCUUCAAUGCAAACCGUUCCGAUGGUAUUUGGAGAACAUUUAUCCAGCAUUAAUACCGGACAAUACGCCAAACGAAAUUGAUGAGAGCAUAUUGGUGGCCGGAAAAAAAUACUUGAUCAAAUUGCACAAUGGAACGCAUUGUUUGUCGGCGGAAUCAAACUCGGGUCGAAUUGCGAAUGGGAAUCGCGUUGAAAUGAGAAAAUGCAAUCAUGGCGAACGCGAACAACAAUGGAAAUACACGCAAAAUAACGAGAUUCGACCGAUGGGCUCAUCUCGACUUUGUCUCGAUUCUCUGAAAGGUGUCACCGUCAUUCGGUGCCAUAAUCAAGGAGCCCAUCAGGAUUGGAAAGUUUCGAAAUCUGGAAAGCUUUUCAAUAAAGCAACGAACAAGUGUGCGAGCGGCGCCGAUGAGACGAUGAGCCUCGCGCAGCUCACCUACUGCUCAAUGUCCUCACAAUUGCAAUUUGUCGCCUUAUCCUAG